AUGAGCAUCAUGGCCAUGCGCAACUCACCGCUGGGCGGCCUCUCAUUGCGCCUCUUCAAAACCCUUCACAUCUCCAACCAAUGUAUCCGAUCACUCCAUCAAAAAGCGCCUCGAACAGUUCCCGCUCCGACCCCUUUCGUCCCCGACGUUGAGACCUUUCUCAAGCUGAUCGGGCGGGACAUGUCCAAACAAGCCAGCAAAAUUCCCACAUGGGAGGCCCUCUUCAACCUCAACUCGACCCAACUCCGUGAAGCAGGACUCGAACCCGCCCGCCAGCGGCGUUAUCUGAUCCGGAAGCGCGAGAAAUUCCGCAACGGGGUCUACGGACCAGGCGGUGACCUGCACACUGUUGUUGACGGCGUUGCACAAUUGCGGGUGGUUGAAGUGCCUGUCAGCGCACGAGGCCUCACAAACACAGGCACCAAAAGCGCUGUGCAUACUUCUUCCGCCACACUGGCGCCCGGAAUGGUGAAAGCCAUUGUCAAUCUUGCGCCUGAGGACAAGACAUACGUGUUUUCCAAGAAGAAACCUAUUGUGCAGUUUGCGGGAAUGAAGAUUUGCCGUGGAUCGCUUCCGAUGGGUCCUUUCUUGCAACCUAUGGCGGGCACCGAUGGCACUGCUGCUACUAUCUCAGUCCAGGAGGGUAUGUGGGAGGACAGGCGUCCCAAGAAGGUUGAUGGUGGUGAGCGACGACGCAGAGAGGUCCGGAACAAGCAGAGAUUGGAUGAGAGGAAGAAGGCGUGA